AUGAGGUUUUCCCAUUUCAUUAAAUAUAAUGCUGUUCCAGAAUGGGAAAGUCAUUAUAUGGACUACAAUGGUCUCAAAGAUCUGAUUUAUACUCUACAGACAGAUAAUAUCAACUUAAACAGCAAUAAUCUAAAUGAACAAAAUGCUUCAUCAUCACCUAAUAAUCUUAAUAAUAAGAGUGUUGAUAAAAUCUUCGAUACUAACGGGAAGUUUUCUAAAAUAAAAAAUAAGUUUUUCCCAAAUCAGAAUUCCAAAAGACCUAACUCAGAUAAUAGUAAUAAUAAUAAUAAUACUGCUAGUACUGUUAAUAGGGUUGAAAGCAAAUAUUCUAUUGCUGAUGAUGAAGAAUCCCAAUUCAAUGUAGAAAAGAAAACAUACAGAAAUAGUGAUAAAUUAGAUAUAGAAAACUUGAAUAACCACGGUGUCACUGUUCUUUCCGAAGGAGAUAACGAACAAGUCUUAGAAAAAACUUUCGAGUUGGAAGACUUCAAUCCUCAUGAGUCGUCUAAUGAUUUGACUCACCAUAAUCCAUUAACCUCAAAUAAACAAGCCAAGAAAAAUAAACGGCUUAACCCUCUACAAAAAUACAAAUUUUGGGAUUCUGGCUCAGACAACGAUAAUAAUACUCUCUAUUCUACUACUACUUCUACUACUUUGACAAAGGAUUUUAACCCAUACGAUACGUUUGUAGACGAAUUGACUUUGGAAAAAUUGAAAGUUGAUGAUUUUUAUAAGAGAACUGAAUUGAAAUUUUAUGAUAAAUUCAAUAAUCUCGUCCAUGAUUUAGAAAAACAGAAAAUUCUCUCUUCUUCACAAUUAACCACACAAUCUUUAACUAAUACAGAGCUAUCCUCUGCCAUCCCUUCCAAAAACAACAACAACAACGUUAACAACGUUAACAACACUAACAGCUCAGUUUCUUCAAAUGUUUUUGCAGAUAGUAAUCAAGUCACUGAGGAAGAGGAAGAAGAGGACGAAGAUGAUAUAUUGGACAAUGAUGAAUUUACUGAUACACCAGAAAAUACUGCAUUACUUCAUUAUUCCCAAUUUAAUGUCGAGAAACAAAAACAAUCUAUUUUAAAACAAAGUAUUGUUAAUCUUUAUAUCGAUUUGUCUCAGUUGAAAUCUUUCAUCGAAUUGAAUAAAAUGGGGUUUAGUAAAAUCACUAAGAAAGCUGAUAAGGUUCUAAAAUUGAACAUCAAAGCCGAAUUGAUCCAAACUGGUAAAUUCUAUAAAGACACCUAUAUCUUCCAAAAAGAUACUUUCACAAUCCUAAGCGAGAAAAUUAGUGAAUUGAUAACUUUCUAUUCUAUCAUCACAGAUCAAACUUCAGAUGUUCUGGAAGCUAAAGAAGAAUUGAAAUCUGCUCUUCAUGAUCAUAUAGUAUGGGAAAGAAGUAACACAUGGAAAGACAUGUUGGGAUUGAUCUCUCAUGAAGCCCCUUUGGUCUCAGAUUUGCAAAAGGAUGAUGAAAAUAUCAGUCUAACAGGUAAAUUACAAUUAGAAUACUUCACAUUUCCAUUACCGCAUCCAAUUAAUCUAAAAUUUACCACAAUUGAAAAUAUAACAAUACCAAAACUAUUUUUCACUUGGAAAGCAUUUAAAAUCGCAUUCAUUAUCGCUGUUACUGGUGUACUAUUGGGUGUCAAGACUUUUAAUGAUCCCGCACAACAUCGUUGCAUGGCUUUGGUUGAAUGUGUGGCCUUUUUAUGGGCAAGUGAAGCCCUACCUUUACACAUCACAGCAUUCUUGGUGCCUUUAUUAGUCGUAUUAUUCCGUGUAUUGAAAAAUUCUGAUACAGGCGAAGUCUUAACAGCUGCUCGUGCAUCUUCCACUGUUUUAUCAUCUAUGUGGUCUUCUACUGUCAUCAUUUUAUUGGCAGGGUUCACAUUAGGUGAAGUGUUAUCUCAAUAUAAUAUUGCUAAAGUCAUUGCAUCCUGGUUAUUGGCUGCUGCAGGUACAAAACCAAGAAACGUACUCUUGAUUGCCAUGGGUGUUGUCUUCUUUUUGUCUAUGUGGAUCUCUAAUGUGGCUGCUCCUGUUUUAACAUAUUCCUUAUUAAAACAGGUUCUUGAUUCAUUAGAAGCAGAUCAACCCUUCGGUAAGGCUUUAGUAUUAGGGGUUGCCAUUGCUGCUAAUAUUGGGGGUAUGUCAUCGCCAAUUUCAUCUCCGCAAAAUAUUAUCUCAAUGCAAUAUUUGAAACCCUUUAAUAUUGGUUGGGGUCAGUUCUUUGCAGUUGCUUUACCUACAGGUAUCAUUGCUACAUUGAUUUGUUGGUUGCUUUUAAUUUCCAGUUUUAAAAUCAACAAGACUAAAGUGGAAAGAUUUAUUCCAAUUAAAACAAGAUUUACAUUAAAACAAUGGUUCAUUAUUGUGGUUACUGUUGCCACAAUUCUGUUAUGGUGUGUGGAAGCCCAAAUUGAAAGCGCCUUUGGUUCAUCUGGUAUCAUUGCUGUUUUACCUAUCUGCAUUUUCUUCGGUUCAGGGUUAUUAACUACCAAAGAUUUCAAUUCACUUCCAUGGUCCAUUGUUAUCUUAGCAAUGGGUGGUACUGCACUGGGUACUGCGGUGUCUUCAUCUGGAUUAUUGGCUACUAUUGCCAGGGCUUUGCAAAGACGAAUCGAGCAUGACACACCAAUAGCUGUGUUAUGUAUCUUUGGUGCAUUGAUGUUGGUGGUUGGUACUUUUGUUUCUCACACUGUCUCUGCUAUUAUUAUCAUUCCAUUGGUUCAAGAAGUCGGUGAUAAAUUGGCGAAUCCUAAAGCUGCACCAACAUUGGUCUUCGGCUGUACUCUAUUAGCAUCGGCUGGUAUGGGUUUAGCUUCAUCUGGUUUCCCCAAUGUUACCGCUAUUUCUAUGUUAGAUAAGAAGGGUAAUAGAUAUUUAGAUAUGGGUACUUUUAUGUCAAGAGGUGUUCCUUGCUCUCUGAUUGUGUAUGUCUGUGUAAUCACCAUCGGUUACGGUAUUAUCGUAUCUGUUGUUCAUACAGCUCCGUGA